AUGAUUGGGUGGUGGGCCCUCGGGCCAUUUAUACUCCUCCUCAUCCCCACGCCCGACCGCUUCUACACGUGCACGGCGGAGAACACCGAGCUCAAGGACUACAAGUUUGGCUCGAAAUUUCGACUCGACAUCUCGAACAACAAGCGCCGAUCGUUGUCAAAUGUGCCGCCAUCGGAGCAGUACGUCAACCAGAGCAACCCGAUCGCGCUACAAGGGAAUACCCACAAAUUGCACUGCUUCUUUUCCGGAUACCCGGCCCCAAAACCGCGAUGGUUCCACAACGGUCUCGAGAUCAGCGAGGAUCGCGAUGACGGGUUCAGAUUUGAGGGAUUUGGCAAGACAUUGGUAUUCAACGUGACUCAGGACAAGGCCGGAAAGUAUGACUGUCGCUUCCCGUUGCAUGGUGAAAUCGAUCGGGUAUUCAACGUGCAGGUCGAAGCGCAACCUGGGAAGCCCACCCCAAAGGUCACAUUCUACAAAAAUGGUGUUGAAAUGAAGAAAAGCCGCAACGAUGGCGAGCGAUAUCUGGUGGACGGGAACAAGCUGACCAUCUAUGAUGUGAAGAAAGGGACACAUGGCAAAGGAGAUAAUGCUGUCUACCAAUGCAAAGCCGAGAAUAAGCACGGAUAUGUGUGGACAAACUUCUACCUCAAUCUGCUCGCCUUCAAGCCGCAAUUGUUGACCGAUGCCGGAGAAGUGGAGGCUGCCAUUGGGCAGGCUGUAACGCUGGAAUGCAAGUUCUUCGCCUCACCAAACGCACAAAUCAAAUGGGAAUCCCCGUUGUUAAAAGACAUCGACCACGACAUCAUCCCCGCCAAUCCACACGGCGUCGGCAAGCUUGUCAUCAAAAAAGUGACCGAAGCCGCCGAGGGUGUCUAUGACUGCAUCGGGACGAACAAGUACGGGACCGCCAGGGGAUCUUCCAAGCUGUUGGUGCGAAAAGCCACCAUCCUCGAGCCGUUCGCCCGCACUCACGAGGUGCGUGUCGCCGGUGAGGAGAUUCGACUACCGUGCGAAGCGGAGGCCGAUUCCAGACUGGAAGUGAAAUACGAGUGGCUGAUCGACAACAAAAGCCUCCCGGAGAUGCACAUCCACACUGGCCACUAUCGCGUCGAUCCGGACACGCACGAGUUGGUCGUGCACAAUCCGUCGCAGUACGACUCGGCCGAGUACAAGUGUGUCGCGUCGACGAAGCUCGAUCGUGCUGAGAAGACGCUCAAGAUCUCCAUCAAAGACGUGCCAGUCCCUGUACACGCAGCCUACGUGAAGAAAUGUGACCCGACGGCCCGAUACGCUGAGAUCCACUUCGAGCAUAUGGAACCGGAAGAUGCCGUGGCGCCUGUCACUGAAUUCUGGGUACAAUAUCAGAUGGACGCUGAGACAGAAGGAGCACAAUGGAGGACACAUCCUGUACCAACAAGAGCACAUCCAAAUGAUUAUGUCGAGGGAGAGAAUAGAGUCGUCUCGGGAGCUGCUACUGUAUCAUUACAACCAUAUGGAAAGUACCAAUUCCGCGUGUUGGCUCGCAAUGCGGUGGGAGACUCCUCACCAACAAAAGUGCGAGAUGGCUGUGACACCCCCGCCAAACUCCCAGACAAAAAUCCGAACGCCGUCUCGGCAGAAGGGGCAUCUCCUGACAAUCUGGUCGUCAGCUGGAAGCCGAUGGGUCGAGAGGAGUGGAACGGGCCCAAUUUCCACUACAAAAUCCGAUACCGUCCCGCCGAUCAACCGAAUGCCCCAUGGCAAGAGACUGAUGUCCCGGAUCCAUUUGCUGAUAGAUGGACGAUCAACCUUGAAGACGACAAGGAUGCGCGCCCAUUCCAACCGUAUGAUGUUCAAGUACAAGCAGUGAAUGAUGAGGGAUCAUCAAGUGUCAACCCGGAAACAGUCCAGGGCCGUACAGGGGAAGGUGUACCCUCUGUUGUCGUCGAGGGAUUCCGUGUCCUUUCAACUGACGGCACAUCCGCCACUUUUGCCUGGAACCCCAUUGAUCCCAUCCAGGCUAACGGCAACUUCACCGGAUAUAAGAUAACCUACUGGUACGAUGAAGAGGAUGAGGAGGAUUAUGAUGAUGAAGAGGCAGAAGAUGAGGGCACGGAAAGUAGACGCCGGCUCAGGAGAUCGAUUCCUUCUCGCAUUCGCCGCUCAUCGAACGGAGACACGGCGAAGAAGACGAUCAGAUUCGGGCCGAAGGUGACCCAGGGUACCGUAACGGAUCUGAAGCCGGCUACACUCACCUAUGCCACAAUUGCCGUUACAAAUGGCAAACAUGAGGGACCGCAGAGCGAGGAAAUUCAAUUCACCACCAAGGAGGGCGUACCAUCGCCGGUGCGAGGCCUAGAGGCAUAUCCAUUAAAUGGACGAUCCGAAGGAGAGAAAGGGGUUGUGGCUCUACGGUGGAAAAACCCACGGCAGAAGAACGGAAAACUCGAGAAAUUCGUCAUUGAAAUGUGUCGAAUGCAAGAUGGGAAGGUGCUGUCGAAGAAUUGCCCGAAGGAAGUUGUCGAUCCGCACAAGAAAGAGGUUCGAUUGACGGGUCUCGACCCGGAGAGCAGCUACCGCUUCAUCGUUCGAGCCGAAACCGGCACCGGAGCUGGUGAUCCGAAUUCAGCCGAUGCAAAGACACUCCCAGAGCACGUUGCUAGCGAUGGAGUUGUGCCGGAAACGCCCCAUGUUCGAGCGGAACGAAUCGGUAAUGACCACUUCAACGUCAGCUUUGUGCCUGGGGCUUUUGAUGAGAAGGACCGUCGCCCCGUCGGCAACUCAUAUCAGAUCCAAAUCAAGGAAGAUGGAACUGAGGAGUGGAAGACGAUCGAGCCAGAUGACCGCGAUAGUCUCCUGACGACUGUUGAUGGAUUACAACCAGGCACCAAAUAUGAAGUGCGUUCCGUGGCUGCCUAUAAGGACCCGGCGACGGGCGUGGAAUCCGAUGGCUACUCGCAGAGCAUCUUCGUCACAACCCGUGGCAAUACGCCACUUUCAUCGAGGCUGUGGCUUCUGUUGUUGUUGCUCCUCAUCAUCCUCAUCCUCCUCAUUAUCUGCUGCAUCAUUUGUGUCGCGAUGAGACAUCGUGGCCAAUACCCGGUGAGCGAAAAGGAACGACAGCAGGGACGAGAACCAAUCUUGCCGAAACAAUCCUUCGGAGAGUACAAGGAAGACGAUGAGAAGCGCUCCUUGACUGGCUCAAAAGCGGAAAGCGAAACAGACUCGAUGGCCGAAUACGGGGAUACAGAUCCCGGGCGAUUCACCGAAGACGGCUCUUUCAUUGGCCAAUACGUCCCUCAACGGACGUUGAUUCCACCCGUCGAGCCGGCCCGCGGAUCCACCUCAACCUUCGUC